GAAACCCCAUCUCUACUAAAAGUACAAAAAUUAGCCAGGCAUGAAGGUGUGCGUCUGUAAUCCCAGCUACUCAGGAGGCUGAGCCAGGAGAAUCUCUUCAACCCAGGAGGCAGAGGUUGCAGUGAGCUGAGAUUGCGCACUGCACUCCAGCCUGGGCAACAGAGCAAGACACUGUCUAAAAAAAAAAAGAAGGUGGCAGAGCUAGACUCAACCCCAGGCCUCCCCGUCCUUCCCAUUCAUCGGAGUCCACUGACCCCUGCCUGGGCCUGCUUCCUUCAUGCUGUUUCCAGGAGACACGCAUCAUCACCCUCUUUUCUGUUCUUUAGUCAUCAAUACCCGCCCCCCAGGCUCCUCCUCCUCCAUCUCCCCCUCCAGAGGUUUGGCCCAAACAAGGCUGCUGAGUAACUCCCCUGACUAAACCGUUGCGUGGUUGUCAGCAGCAGCACCGGGGAGGUCAAAGAGUUAUCCAGGGACCUCCUUCCGAGCUCCCUAGGAGUGAGCACCCUCUGGGCAGCGCCCCUACCCAUCUUCCUCACAGGAGUUCUGAGCAGCCACCCCACACGGGACAAAAGUUCCUGGGAAAGGAGGCUCUCCGGGCUGAAAACUGAGCUAGCGUUCAACAAUCGGCUUGGGAGGAGUUCUGCUUCCAGUCUAUCUCUGGUGCCCCCUGCUGGAAAAAGCUGGGUGCAGGAAACAGGGACACUUGCACGCGGGGAAUCUGGCUGGGGCUGUAGGUCUCAAACCGGACAUCUGAGGUGUGAGAUGAAUUCAUAUCAAAGCCGACCCUGGAGGGACGAGGAAGAGCCAGUCACCUAAAAAGCUCCAGCUGUGGGACCUCGAAGAGCGCUUCGUAAAGGGCUUCUUCUCUGCUCGGCACCCCAAGGAAGCUGGGGAGAGGUCUUUGCUCUGGAUGAGGUAGGGGGCGAGGAGGAGGAGGUUCAGAGACCUUUUGCUCAUGCCCUCUCUGCCUGCGCUGCCUCCGUCAUGCUCGCCUCGGGGCCAUUUCCUGGUUUCCUUUGGGUCGGAGAAAUUGCACACAGAGCAGAAGGAUCUGAUCUGACUGUUGGCUCAUCUGCGCUGCCGGCCCCCGAGCCUCGUCCCAUUUCAGUGACAAGAUGUGCCAGGAGGAACAGACCAGCUACAUGGUGGUGCAGACGAGCGAGGAGGGGCUGGCGGCCGACGCCGAGCUCCCGGGACCGCUCCUGAUGCUGGCCCAGAACUGCGCAGUCAUGCACAACCUACUGGGCCCUGCCUGCAUUUUCCUGCGCAAGGGCUUCGCUGAGAACAGGCAGCCUGAUAGAUCACUGCGACCAGAGGAAAUUGAAGAGCUCCGAGAGGCCUUCAGAGAAUUUGACAAGGACAAGGAUGGCUACAUCAACUGCCGGGACCUGGGCAACUGCAUGCGCACCAUGGGCUACAUGCCCACCGAGAUGGAGCUCAUCGAACUGUCCCAGCAGAUCAACAUGAACCUGGGUGGCCAUGUAGAUUUUGAUGACUUCGUGGAGCUAAUGGGGCCUAAACUCCUGGCAGAGACAGCAGAUAUGAUUGGUGUAAAGGAACUGCGAGAUGCUUUCCGAGAGUUUGACACCAACGGUGAUGGGGAAAUAAGCACCAGUGAGCUGCGAGAGGCUAUGAGGAAGCUCCUGGGUCAUCAGGUGGGACACCGAGACAUAGAGGAAAUUAUCCGAGAUGUGGACCUCAAUGGGGAUGGACGAGUGGACUUUGAAGAGUUUGUCCGGAUGAUGUCCCGCUGAGGCCGCGAGGGCCCCUCCAGGACUGCCAAGCUCCCAAAGGCGGGGCUAAGAGGAGCCAGAGCUUGCCUCACCCGCUGUAGCCGCCGAGAGCCCAGGAUGUACUGGCGGAUGGGGCCUGCCUGCACCCCGGGGAGGCACCCACCCCGGACCCCCACCCCUCCGCACUGUGAAAGACUAACUCCUGCAACUGGAAAGCGGGGGCGCCCGCCGACGAGGAGGCCACCGUGCCAAGCCGGCAGAGGUCAUGCCAGGCGCCAAGGGCCAUGUGCCCAGCUGCUGCUGGCUGGGUGGGCCAGGGAGCCCGCCAGCAGACCCCACACAGCAUGUCCGCCCCAGGGCAAAGCCUCCCACCUUCGCUCUGCGCCCGUCCCAGCUCGCCUCAGCCCUGUUAUCUCAGAACCAAUAAAAAUAUUUCCAAGAGCAA